UGACCACACUCUUGUUUACCCACUGCGGAGGCCCAAGAAGCUACGUUGAUCCACACACCUAUGAAGAUCCCAAUCAAGCAGUUCAAGAGUUCGCUAAAGAGAUAGAUGCUUCUCACAUUACAAUUGAAGCCAUCAUAGGAGGAGGUGAGUUUGGAGACGUCUGCUGGGGAAAGCUCAGAGUUCCAUCUCGUCCAGAAAUAGCCGUCGCUAUUAAAACUUUGAAGCCAGGGUCACCUGAUAAAGCUCGCAUGGACUUCCUAACAGAAGCAAGCAUUAUGGGUCAGUUUGACCAUCCAAAUGUUAUUUAUCUUCAGGGUGUGGUGACAAAGAGUAAUCCCGUUAUGAUUAUCACAGAAUAUAUGGACAAUGGAUCACUUGACACAUUUUUAAGG